AUGGACGAAGCAACUGUCUGGCUCAAGCUCCACGGUGUGUUACCCGAUUUCACUUCAAGUAAUCCCCUGAACCAAGUCACCUCUCCAACAUGGAUUAUACCUUCUGACUCUUUCCUGAAGUGUAAUGUGGGAUCGUCGUGGUCUCAAUAUUCUGGUACUUGUGGUGCUUCCUGGCUCCUCAGGGACUCUAAAGGAAAUGUGCUAUUACACAGUCGAAGGGCAUUUAGUGGCAUCUUGUCGAGUGUUCAGGCUGAUCUCUUGGUGCUUUCGUGGUCGGCCGAUGCAAUGUCGGAUCUCAAAAUGAAGAAAAUCAUUUUUGAAUUCUCGUCAAUCCAAGCCGGCCUUGCCCUCGAACAUCCUCUGGCUCACCCAGCUUCUUAUUACUCUUGCCAUCAGGUGUUCAGAUUAUAA